AUGCGCACACAGAUUUGUGCGUCAGUUAGCGCGAGCGUUCCUUCAUCACAACAGAGACGCUUUGCUGUUAAGUCGCUCUUUCACCGGGAGAAAAACGUCUGUUUUUCGCCGCUGCCAGUUCCUCGGAUGAGUUGUUCUUCGGGGGGCUUGAUGUUUGACGUCUUCACAUCAUGGACUUAAUGAUAAUUCCUCUGUCUUUAUUAUUCCUUCUCAUGCCGGGCCAUAGUCUCGCACAGCACCGGGGAUAGAGGCCUCCGCGCGCCUGCUCGAUUAACGGAGAGCCCGCGCGGAGCCAUAACAGACACGGGCGGGAUUUCUGAGGCGAUUUUAAUAGAAGUGAGAGGCUACUCAACUGACAGGAGUCGGGGUGUAGCGGCUUAGGGAGUCAGAAACAGUCCUGGCCUGUGUUGAUGUGGGGUAAAAUGGAGACCCCGACGAUCGUGUACGAUCUGGAUACCUCCGGCGGGCUGAUGGAGCAAAUCCAGACUCUGCUAGCGCCGCCCAAGUCUGAGGAUGGAGAGAAGAGGACCAGGAAACCGGACAGGAGCACCAGGAGAGCCGGCAGGGCCACCAAUCACGACACCUGCGACAGCUGUCGGGAAGGAGGGGACCUGCUGUGUUGUGAUCACUGCCCCGCUGCCUUCCAUCUACAGUGCUGUAACCCGCCAAUGAGCAGAGAAAUGCUGCCCCCUGGUGACUGGAUGUGCCAUCGCUGCAGCGUUCGCAAGAAGAAAAGGGAACAGAAAAAGGAGCAAAUUAACGGUUUGUUGGAGCAUCAGCUGGUGAAGCAGACGCCAUCUCCGGCUCCUGAGCAGGAAUGUGGGACAUUACGUCUGGAUCCCUCCCUGGGGUCGGGCGGGACAGGGCUACGGGCCGCCGUUGCUCAGGUUCGGCUCUUGGAGGGGCGACCCAACAGCCGACCUGUGACCCCCAACUCCAACACUUCUUCUAAUGACACACCCACACCGUCCGAGCAGAAUGAGAUGGAGGAAGACCUCCUGGACGUGGAGGAUGAGGCCCAGGGUUCUGAGCCUGAGCUCUUGAAUUCAACAAACACCCUCAAAAGACCGUUUGACCUCCUAAUUGCCGCUGCCAUGCAGAGGAACCCUACGCAGUUCCAGCUUCCAAAUGAUCUCACCUGCACGUCUGCACUUCCAGGCACCAGCAAAAGACGACGAAAGGACGAGUUAUCAGGCAAGAACGUUAAGCGGCCACAGCAUGAGCUGGACAAUCAUGGACUGGUUCCACUGCCGGUGAAAGUGUGUUACACAUGCAGCAGGAGCUGCCGAAUGGCUCCACUGAUCCAGUGUGACUUUUGCCCUCUCUUGUUUCACAUGGACUGUUUGGAUCCGCCUCUCACUGCCUUCCCAACAGGCAGAUGGAUGUGUCCCAACCACAUCCAGAACCUGGUUCUGAGCCAGAGAACCUUGACCCUCAGCAACCGCUGCCAGUUAUUUGACCAGUUUCAGGACCGCAUAUCCCAGCACGCCGUCAAACUUGACUUCCUGCAGAGGAUACAUCGGGAGCACACCCCUAAACGGCGGUCGGCUUAUGCUCAAAGCAAAAAGACUCUGAAGGUUCCAGAUGCCAUAAAGUCACAGUAUCAGAACCCUCCCUCUCUGAUGGCCCCGGCAGGGAUCCGUGAAGGGGAGCUCAUCUGCACCGGCCUUACAGAAGCUUAUGUCCCGCAGCACUUAGCCAGUGAAGAUGAACAGUGUCAGUGGCUCAAAGACGUCAUCUCGCUGCAGUGCAGCAUUAUGAGGCAUUUAUGGAACAGACAAACAUCUCCUUGGGAUUCAGAGGACACAGAAAAGACUGAUCUGAAACUCAGAGAUUCCUGCCAGAGCGCCGCCUCACAGGGCAGGUCAAAAGUUUCCUGUCCUUCAUGUACUGAUGGAACGUGUCCGAACUGUAAGACCACAAAUGGCCCUGUCGAAGGAUUGGUUCAGUCCAAUGGAACCCAAGAAAAGACAGAUGACCAUGAAACGCCUAGUUUACCCGUACCCGCUUCACCCAAACCUACAAACUCUGGAGCCAUUAUCAAGACAGAGGAUGCCGGUUUAAAGCCCUGUAGUGGCACUGCUCCUGCUUGUGUCAAAUCUGAGCACAGCACUCCAUCAUCUGACCAUAAAAAAAGUCCAAUAGCUUCAGACACAGCUGCAGGAAAACUCUCAGCCUUAACAGUACAUGCUGUUAAACCGCAGAAAAUCACCUCAGACACCGCAUCAAAAGAUGGAAAGGUCGGCUUGGACUCUUUGAUGGCAGGCAGGGGGGACGUCUUUUCCUGCACAGAACCUAACAUGUCAGAGCUUUCCGGACGAAUAAAGGACAUCACGUCGAACAGCGGAGAAGUUGAGCUCGGCUCAUUGGACGAGAAGUUUAUCAAGCUCUUGGCUUGGCAGCGGAUUCAGCAGCUCUUUGAGUUAACAACCUCUCCUGUUCAGAGCAGUUCUCCUUCAUCCGUGUCACCCGCUCACAAGAAACGCAGUGAAGCCCAAAGCAAGGAGGUACAGACGAGAGCUUCGUUCUGUUCGGUUACGGGAAAGGGAACGGCUGUCAAUAUGUGCUACAGGAGUCUGUACAUCGGGACAGGUGCCGAUAUGGAUGUGUGCCUUACAAACUACGGGCAUUGUAACUACGUUUCAGGGAAACAUGCCUGUAUAUUUUAUGAUGAGAAUACAAAGCAGUAUGAACUGCUGAACUACAGCGAACAUGGGACAACCGUUGACAACGUAUUAUAUUCAUGUGACUUCUCUGAGAAGACGAGCCAGAGCCCAUCUAGCAACCUGCUCACCAAAGUGCAGAACAUUAUCCGACGCUGCAGGAAAAAGGAGCAGGAGUCGUCUGCAACGGCUGUGACCUCUGCAACCGAGGGCGGUGUUAUGAGCGGCCAGUCCCACGAUGCUCCCAUCACUCCCUGUAACUGUAAAAACAGCGGCUCCAGUUUGAUCGGAGGCAAUGGAGCGGGAUGGGAAGGCACUGCACUCCUCCAUCAUGGAAGCCAUGUCAAACUGGGCUGCCUGCAGUUUAUAUUUAGCAUCACAGAGUUCGCCAACAAGCCGCUUAAAGAGGAGCUCACCACCUGCAGCCUCACUCCCACACCUGGCCAACAGGGGGAGCAGCUGAGCAAGGCCACGCCUCCUUCGCUCCAACACAACCUCGUCACGUAACCCCUCAAGCACCGGCCUGUACAGUUUGAACGGUUUCCUAAUUAUUUAAUUGUUUAUACAUUUGCAUGAGGUGAGUUUUUUUUUUUGUUUUUUUUUUCUAAUUUCUUCAAAACUAGGCAGGUUGCACAUUUUGUCUCAAUGCAAGACUUUUUAAAGGGAAACUUUGAUCAUCCUCAAAGCUCAAAGAACCAAUGAGCUGUUUUCACGUGUAAAGAAAUAAAAAAAACAUGUUCUAUUUUGUGCCAGUAACAAUACUUUUUAUACAAACAUGCAUUUUCUUUUAUUUCCCAUAAAAAACGGAUGCUUUUAUUUAUGUAUGUCCUCUGGAGCGCAUUCAGACCUGUUGUUUCUUUAGCCUGACACGAGAGACUCAUGUACAUAUGUGUAUGUAUUCAUGUGAAUAGCCAGAGAUCCACACAUUUCAGUGUGCAAAAGUGCUCCAGUUUGUAUUAUUUCGGUCGUGCACCAUUUGGUGACCUUUAUGUGUCUGUUUCAUGUGUUCUGUAAUUAGUUUUCACCAGGUUCUUGUGUCAAACUAUGUAAAUACAAAGCAGAUUUUAAAUAACAUGCUUUAGAAAUCCA